AUGCUGCAAAUGGAGAUCCCUGAAGUAGCCCCCAAAGAACACCGAACAAAAGAAUUGUUGAGCAUUUUUGCUAAAAACAGGACGGAGUCAUUGAAGGUAUUCGAUCAUCAUGGGCUUCGCCCAGAAUUCGCCCCUAGAAUUAGCUCGCAAUGGAACACGCCCCUUCUACUUGUACAUGGUGUAAGCCAAAAUGGAGUAGGCACCGUGUUAGCACAGGAUAAUGACGACGGGCUUAUUCACCCUGUGUACUUUAGAUCAAAGCCGAUAAGUAAAGCUGAGAAACAGUAUCAUAUAACCAAGAAGCAUUGGCUCUGA